AUUAUUUUAGAUCAUCAAAACAGGUUGUAAAGUAGGAAAGCCCCAAAAUUUCAAAAAUAAAAAUAUCACACUCACAUUUUACCCGCGCUUCUCUUUUCUAAACCCUAGAAAAGUCAAAUAGGAUUUCGGAUACUACUCAGAAAUGGCCCCCAAAUCCGAUAGCGCCGAAGGAAUCGUGCUUAAUUUCGUCAACGAGCAAAAUAGACCACUGAAUUCUCAAGUUGUUGCUGAUUUCUUGCAAAAGUUCAAUCUGAAAAAGACUGCCAUACAGAAGGCUCUUGAUAGUCUUGCCGAUAGUGGAAAGAUUACAUUCAAAGAAUAUGGCAAACAAAAGAUAUAUCUCGCCAGGCAAGAUCAGUUUCAGAUUCCAAACACCGAAGAGCUUAAUCAGAUGAAGGAAGAAAACGCCAAGUUACAGGAGCUGGUAGAUGAACAGAAAAAGGAAAACAGUCAGCUUGAGGGAGAGAUAAAGUCUCUGCAGUCAAACUUAACACUGGAUGAAAUACUAUCGAAUGAUGCAAAGCUAAGAAAGCAGGUUGAAGAAAUGGAAGGGAGGUUGACUAAAUUACGUGAAGGAAUUACCUUAGUAAGCCCUGAAGAAAGAAAAGUUGUUGAGAAAACGUUUUCAGAUGCAAUCAAUCAUUGGAAAAAGCGGAGGAGGAUGUUCAAAGAUGUUUGGGAUGCUAUUACUGAAAACUCACCCAAAAAUCCAAACGAGUUCAAGGAAGAACUUGGUGUUGAAUAUGAUGAAGAUAUUGGUGUGAGUUUGCAGACAUAUCUUAAUUUAGUCCCACAUGGAACGAAGCGUCCUAGACUCUAGAGGCUAGUGGCUUUUGUCUGGAAUGACUCAGUUAUAAGUGUCAGCAAUUAGACACUUACAUGCUUGUUAAGGUAAGUCAGAUUGAUAAGUUAGUAGCCUUAUAAUAGUCGAAACUGUUAAAUUUUUACUUUAAUGUUCAAUUAGCCUUUCUGUUUGUUUUGUAAAUUGGUCUUAGAAAAGAGUUGACAAUAUCAGAUAUAUAUUACAUAAAUGGUACCCUGGAUUAUUUGACA